GCAUUUAUGUCUUCAAUCAAGAAUGUCCUUUAUUUCCAAUCUGCACUUGGAGUUCUAGCCAAUAUGUUUCUACUGUUUUUCUAUAUUUUCAUAUUCCUAGGUCACAGACCUAAGCCAAUGGACCUGAUCUCCUGUCAACUAAACUUCGUGCACAUAAUGAUGCUCCUCACUGCAGGGGAUAUUUGGAUUGCAGACUUAUUUGAGUCACUGAAUAUUGAGAAUGACUUCAAAUGUAAGGCAACUUUUUACAUAAACAGGGUUAUGAGAGGUCUCUCUAUCUGUAUCACUUGCCACUUGAGCAUGGUCCAGGCUGUCACUAUCAGUCCUACUAACUCAAUGUUGGCAAAAUUUAAACAUACACUAAAAAAGUACAUCAUUUAUGUUUUCUUCUAUUUUUGGUUGUUCAAUUUGUCUUUCAGCAGUAACCAGAUCUUCUCUGCUGGUGCUUAUAUCAAUGUGAGUGUCACCAACCAGAUCAAAGUCAGUAAAUACUGCUCACACUUUCCCAUGAACAACAUCAGGGACUUGAUUUUAUUGGUGACAACUUUAAGAGAUGUGUUUCUUGUUGGAGUCAUGCUUACCACAAGUACAUACAUGGUGAUUAUCUUGUUUAGACAUCAGAGGCAAUGCAAGCAUCUUCAUAGCACCAGGCACCUAAGAGCAUCCCCUGAGAAAAGGGCCACAAAGACCAUCUUGUUGCUGGUGGUUUUCUUUGUGUUCAUGUACUGGGUGGACUUCUUCAUCUCAUCCACCUCUAUUCUGUUGGGGAGGUAUGACCCAGUCAUCCUGACUGUUCAAAAGUUUGUGAUGAAUGCCUAUCCCACAAUUACUCCUUUGGUGCAAAUCAGUUCUGAUCACAGAAUAUGCCAGCAGGUGUUUUUAAAAGGGACAAUCUUUUUCUUCUUUUAA